UGAGUAUGUCAUCAAUUUAUUCAGUUAUUAAUAAAAUAAACAAAUCUACACCGAUGUUAUUGAUAAUGUUCCCAGAAAUCGAUUUUCAAUCCGAGUGACCUGUCAUGACAUGAUCUUCCACCAGAGGGCGCCUUUAGACUAGGUUGGCGAAUAAGUGGCCUAGGUGGCCUAGUGAUUACACUGCACCUGUGUCUUGUUAUCUAAGACUUACAACCUGAACUUUUGCUCAGUUUGUAAAAAAGCAGAAAUAAAAAAACUAUAAAACAAAGACACCAAAUGCAACACAUCUACUUGAAAAUGAUGAAGAAAAGUGUUCUUGAUAACAAUGUCAUACAAAAUUCUACAGCACAAAAUAAUCUCAGUAUAUCCCACGGUUAUUUUUAUCACCAGUGGCAUUUAUGAUCUAAGCCUGUUUGGAAAACAUUUUCAAGCCUAGAUCUACCAGGUGAAGACCUUAUGCACAAAGAAAACAGAAACCAUACCAGGUUGGAGCUUCAUUGAAUAGAUUACAUUCACAAGGUCACUGAAUUCACCAUCUUUACAAUGUCACCCACUCGUGUCCAACAUAAGAAAGACAUGAGGGAACGUUCCAGAGAGACCAUCUCAGCACCUUCAUGGACUGUUUGCGGCGAGAAACAGAACAUCUUUUUGAAGGAUCGAGUCCGCUCUCAUCACUGAAGGUCGCUCGGUCUGAAGUGGGUCUGGAAGCUGUGCUGCCGUGUGAAUGGGGGUCACACAAUAAAGCCAUAUCUGCAACGCCGUAUAUCCAGUGGCAGACUUUCAGAAACAUGGUGUUCGAGCGAGAGGGUCCUGAUCAGUUUCAGGGCGAGGCUUACAAAAAUCGUGCUGACGUUCCAGAGGGUGUGCUGGCGAAGGGGAACUGCUCCCUGCAUUUGACUGACAUCCGCUUUAGUGAUGCAGGAAUCUAUGAGUGCUAUCUGGUGGUUGGGAAGACGAAUAACAUGAGGAGGAUCUUCAUCCAGAGUGUGCAGCUCUCUGUUCUCGAUCACAAGAGCUCUCAGUCUGUGGAGAUGGGGAAAGACCUGACCCUUGACCUGUACACACACCAGGCACAGACUGUGGUGUUCCAGCCCUCCAACAGUACUGAGUGGAGAGAACUGUGGCAAAGACAGCAUAGAAAGGAGGAUCUCAGGUCUCGGGUGGAGGAGCGAAACGGGAAACUUCUUAUCAAGAACGUGAGAGAGAGCGAUGAAGGACUGUACAAAGUGAUGGACAGCGAAGGACUCGCUCUGAGCACCGUGAAGGUUUCUGUUGAAGAACCUUCUGAACCCACGAGACAGAACACGGUGGAAAAACAGUUGUAUUUAGAAAGCAGUGUUGGAGUGAACUAUCCCUCUCUCCCUCUUCCCUUUCUCCUUGUCAUGCACCUGUAUCUACUCUGACCCUGAAGUUUAUAAUGAUGAUGAUGCUGAUGAUGAUGUUGAGGUGAUGAGCCUCAGUCGUCUCUCACCAGAGUCCUGCAGUGGCUCAGUAAACUACAGGGUAAACGGCGCUCUCUCAGGGCAUCAGGGAGCAAGUGCACUAGAGGAAAGCGCCCUAACCCCUUAUGUGCUCCGGAGGUGUCGUGUUGUGAAACCUGUGUUAACAAUCGAUUUGUUUGAUAUUCAAAUCUUAGCUUCAUUUCACGCUAAUUUCAGUUAGAUUAUUAAUAUUGAUAAUAAGAACAGAAGCAGAAUUUAAAUAAUU